AUGGCGAGCGAAGAUGACCCCGAGCGAGCCGAUGAGCGGGCCGAUGGACGUCGUGGGUCUCGCAUCUCCAGGGCAUCUUUGAAGGAGGAUUAUGCCCAGCUGGAUGAGUAUGGAAAACUAGUCAAGUACGUUUCAACUUUCCAAACUGCCGAUGCCAACAUGGAAGAUCAGGGGGAGUUUGAGGAGAAACGUGUUUGGUAUGCUCCCUGGAAGAAGCACCGGGUUCAUAUCAAGCGGGUUGAUGAUGCCACUAUUCAAUACCCAGACGACUGGCUCAUCACCGACAUCCGGGAGGGACUUUCCAGUGAGGAGGUUAAUACACGUCGCCGCCGCUCAGGCUGGAACGAACUGAGUUCUGAGAAAGAGAAUCCUAUCGCAAAGGUUCUGUCGUAUUUCCGCGGUCCCAUUCUUUACGUCAUGGAGCUGGCCGUUUUACUGGCUGCUGGUUUGGAUGACUGGGUCGACUUUGGUGUUAUCAUCGGCAUUCUGUGUCUCAAUGCUGCGGUCGGUUGGUAUCAAGAGAAGCAAGCCGCCGAUGUGGUUGCCAGUCUGAAGGGAGAUAUCGCCAUGCGGGCAGUUGUGAUUCGUGACAGUACUCAGCAAGAGAUAUUGGCACGUGAGCUGGUUCCAGGUGAUUUAAUCAUCGUGGGUGAAGGUCAGGUCGUUCCAGGUGAUGCCAAGGUUAUUUGUGACUUCAACGACCCAAAUGGCUGGGAGGAAUUCAACCAGCUCCAAGAGCAAGGCAUGCUUGGCGGCGGAACGGAAUCGGAUGAUGAUGAGCCACCGAAAGAGGGCGAGGCGGAAGGUAAAGAAGUGGCAGAUGGACACGGUGACGCGGCCGAGGCCGCUGAGAAACACAAAAAGGAGAAAACGCGUCGUCGUGGGUAUCCUAUUCUUGCCAGCGAUCAUUCUGCGAUUACGGGCGAGUCGCUCGCCGUAGAUCGCUACGUGGGUGACAUGAUCUUCUAUACAACUGGCUGUAAGCGUGGCAAGGCCUAUGCCGUGGUUCAGACUGGUGCAAGGACCUCAUUUGUUGGCCGUACUGCUUCAAUGGUGGCCUCUGCUAAGGGCGCAGGUCAUUUUGAACUAGUCAUGGACAACAUCGGGACAUCUCUCUUAUUCCUUGUAAUGACCUGGAUCCUCGUUGCAUGGAUUGGUGGUUUCUUCCGACAUAUCCCAAUUGCUUCGCCCGGGCAACAGACAUUGCUUCACUAUACUCUGUCUUUGCUAAUUAUCGGUGUCCCUGUUGGUCUUCCGGUCGUAACCACCACGACUAUGGCUGUGGGGGCUGCAUAUCUGGCAAAGAAGAAAGCAAUUGUGCAGAAGUUGACUGCUAUUGAAUCUUUGGCUGGUGUGGAUAUUCUCUGCUCCGAUAAAACCGGAACUUUGACGGCCAAUAAGCUUAGCAUUCGUGAUCCUUAUGUGGCAGAAGGUGUAGACGUGGACUGGAUGUUUGCUGUCGCGUGCCUUGCAUCUUCGCACAAUAUUGAAUCGUUGGACCCCAUUGACAAAGUUACCAUCAUGUCACUCCGCCAGUAUCCAAAGGCGCGAGAGAUAUUACGCCGUGGCUGGAAAACUGAAAAGUUCACCCCAUUUGACCCAGUCUCUAAGCGCAUUGUGACUAUAGCCACAUGUGAUGGAACUAGAUACACCUGCACUAAGGGGGCCCCGAAAGCGGUGCUAGCACUUACAAACUGCUCGCAGGAAGUUGCCGAUCACUACAAGGAAAAAGCACAGGAAUUUGCCCAUCGCGGCUUUCGCUCACUCGGUGUCGCCGUGCAAAAGGAGGGUGAAGAAUGGAUGCUUCUCGGAAUGCUGCCCAUGUUUGAUCCACCUCGGGAGGACACAGCUCAGACGAUUAGUGAAGCACAGGCGCUGGGCAUUAGUGUUAAAAUGCUCACGGGCGAUGCUAUUGCAAUAGCCAAGGAGACCUGUAAAAUGCUUGCUUUGGGAACCAAAGUUUACAAUUCGGACAAACUGAUUCAUGGUGGUCUUAGCGGCGCCAUGGCUAGCGAUCUGGUCGAGAAAGCGGAUGGAUUUGCGGAAGUGUUUCCUGAACACAAAUUCCAAGUGGUCCAAAUGCUUCAGGAACGUGGCCAUUUGACUGCUAUGACUGGCGAUGGCGUAAACGACGCUCCGUCCCUCAAGAAAGCGGACUGCGGUAUCGCUGUCGAAGGAGCAUCCGAAGCAGCACAGUCAGCAUCGGAUAUUGUGUUCCUUGAGCCUGGCUUGUCAACUAUCAUCGACUCUAUCAAGGUCGCAAGACAAAUCUUUCAUCGCAUGAAGGCGUAUAUUCAAUACCGCAUUGCGCUUUGCUUGCACUUGGAAAUCUUUCUUGUGACGUCAAUGAUUAUUUUGAAUGAAAGCAUCCGAGUUGAGCUUGUUGUCUUCCUUGCUCUGUUUGCUGAUCUUGCAACUGUCGCGGUGGCAUACGACAAUGCCUCCUAUGAGCUACGUCCUGUGGAGUGGCAACUCCCAAAAAUCUGGGUCAUAUCUUCCAUCCUUGGCUUGCUUCUGGCCUUGGGUACCUGGGUUGUUCGAGGUAGUAUGUUCCUCAAAUCUGGUGGUAUCAUUCAGAAUUGGGGAUCCACCCAAGAAGUCAUCUUCUUGGAGGUGGCACUUACGGAGAACUGGCUAAUUUUCGUGACUCGUGGUAUCGACAACUGGCCAUCACUGCAGCUAGUAAGCGCAAUAUUAGGCGUGGACGUUAUCGCAACGCUUUUCUGUCUAUUCGGUUGGUUCUCAAACCAGGAUAUGAAGACCGAUCCACCCGAUUCAUUCGUGGAAACCAAGAACGGAUGGACUGAUAUCGUGACUGUUGUCCGUAUCUGGGGCUUUUCGCUCGGAGUGGAGAUUGUUAUUGCUCUCGUCUACUACAUCCUGAAUAGGAUCAAGUGGCUCGACAAUCUCGGUCGCCAAAAGCGCAGCAAGGGUGAGAUUAAGAUUGAGAAUCUUCUCGGUCAUUUGUCCCGCUUAAGCAUUGAAUAUGAGGAGCCUGGUAAGCCUCCGGGCCGAUACCACCUGGCUACAAGCAAGGAGGAAGAAGAUAUGGAGUGA